UAGACAAUAUGGCCUCGCAGGUGACGCAUAUCGCAGCUCGCUUGAGUCUUGAUGAUGCUCUAUAGACCCUGUGCAUUCUUGGCUUGUUCACACGUUGGGCUCGCAUUCGAGGUCCUUCGCUCCAUGAUUUCAUGCAGUGUUUGGCAAGACUCGUAGCUUUCUUCCGGGUACGAGAAGGUCUCAGAGCCCGUCCACGAUGAGCUACAACGCUGGCGCCGGCGACUCUAGCGCACCGACAUGGAGCGACAAUGGCCCGUACCAGUCCACCUUACCUACAGGUCCUGCCAAUCCUGAACCAGGGACACGCAAAGAAAUCACGCGCAUAGUCGGCUCCCGUGCUGCGUCACAAUUGACGGAGAAGGAAGCAGAGGCGCUCAGCCGCCUCAAAAAAACCGCAAGCAAUUUCAAGUUCGCGGGAUACAUUCUCGGCACUCUAGGCACCACCUUCUUCAUGCGAAGACGCAAGCCGGAUAUCAAGCACUUUUCUUUGCUAGCGUAUUCGACAGCGGGAGGUCUUGGCGCUGCGUUUCUCUUGGAGGAUCUCGGCGUGAUUGCUGGACAGCGAUACCUCAAGGAUGUCGAAGAUCCGCAGCAUCUAGCCAUGGUACUCAAAGAGGCGAGAGCGGAUCGGAUCCAACGACAGCAAGGUACCGGGCCGCCUCCACCUCUACAGGCAACGCAAGAUGGUGUACGCCAACUUCCCGCUAGCAUCUUCAACCCAUAUGACAGCAGCGAGGUUUCCCGAGAUCAACCAUAUGUAGGCAACGGGAGCUGGAGCGCCAAUUCUGCCCCACUUGACGCAUCUAAUCCGUCUACAAGCGACGCGUAUUUCGAAGGGCGAGAAGCAGGGUGGCAAUCGCGGACGCAGUCGCCGCCCCCAUCGCAACCACAGCAGGACCAGCUGCCUCCAUCGCGCUGGGCGCAGCUCCGCGGCGAGCGCGGCGCGCAGGUGUCCCGCUGGGACGAGCUGCGACAGCAAAACGCUCGCGAUGGGCUGAGUCAGACGCCAAGGCUUUUGCCUGGACAAGGACCGGUGCAACAGCCGCAGUCGCAGUGGCAAAGUCCAGGGCAAGGGCAAGGCGAUUUUGCUUCCACGGCUGCAAAUGUCAACCCGAGAAGUGGAGCGAUACUAGCUGAUCCGACAUUCGGCAAGGGCACGCAGGAAGACCGUGCACGAGCGAGCAGGGAGUUCGAGGCGUCCAUGGAAAGAGAGCGCCGAGGCAUGGACAGCGCCGGUGAUUCGUGGGCUCGAUGACAAUGAUGAUGAGGAUGAAACAAAGUGUAGCUUACAGAUACGUGAGACACAAGUACAAACAUGCAAAUGCAGUACGCAAGCUGAGAAUGUGUCGAAGUCUUAUUGGAUACCUGUUCAUGAA